GAAUAAGCUGUCAGCGUUAGAAUCCUCUUCCUCUCACGCCGCCGCGCCGCCAGUCCCGCUGUGUGCCGUCCUCAGCUGCCGCCGCCCACCCCGACAGCCAAACGUCGUGCCGGCCGUACUCCCCGCCGCCCCCUCCACCUCGCCUUCCCUCCGAAGCCCACCCCGCGGCUCGGCGAUCUCCCCAGCGUACAUCAGCCACCCAACGCCGACCAUGGGUUUCGCGCAGCUCGUCAUCGGCCCCGCCGGCAGCGGCAAGUCGACCUACUGCUCUGGUCUAUAUCAACAUUGCGAGACGGUGGGCAGGAGGAUUCAUAUGGUCAACCUGGAUCCAGCUGCAGAGCACUUCAGCUAUCCUGUAUCUACUGAUAUUAGAGAGCUCAUAUCACUGGAUGAUGUCAUGGAGGAGCUUGGGAUGGGACCAAAUGGCGGCCUCAUCUAUUGCAUGGAGCACCUUGAAGACAAUUUGGAUGAUUGGUUGGAUGAACAAUUGGAAAACUACCUGGAUGAUGACUAUCUUGUGUUUGAUUGUCCAGGCCAGAUUGAACUCUUCACUCAUGUUCCAGUUCUGCGUAAUUUUGUUGAGUAUCUGAAACGGAAAAAUUUCACUGUUUGCGCCGUGUACCUUUUGGAUUCGCAGUUUGUCAGUGAUGUCACAAAAUACAUUAGCGGUUGCAUGGCUUCUCUUUCUGCUAUGAUUCAACUUGAGCUUCCUCAUAUCAACAUCCUUUCAAAGAUGGACCUUGUUUCCAAUAAAAAAGAUGUAGAAGACUAUCUGAACCCCGAAGCACAGGUUCUUCUGUCACAGCUUAAUCGGCAGAUGGCACCUCGUUUUCACAAGUUAAACAAGGCUUUAGCUGAACUGGUUGAUGAUUACAACAUGGUGAAUUUCAUACCACUUGAUUUGAGGAAGGAGAGCAGCAUUGAGUAUGUGCUGUCAAACAUCGACAACUGCAUCCAGUACGGGGAAGACGCCGAUGUGAAGGUCAGGGACUUCAUUCCUGAGGAGGAGGAUUAACCAUUUUGAUCAAGCAGAAGCAACAAAUUAACCUGUAUCAUGUAGUGUGGGUCCAUGGGAGGAGAUGGUAGCGCUGAACAGGUAGAAGCGCCAUGUAUCUGUUUCAGUCGUUGGUCGAAAAAACAAGACAGAAUGCAUCUGCAAAGAAUGUGUGGGUCUCCUUAUGCUUGUGUGGUUGGUAACUAGCAACUGCCUUUAAACAAAUCAUCCUCACGGCAUCAUACAUGAGUGGUAAAAUACCUAAAAUAGUGUAUGCGCCAAUGCACCAA